AUGGAAACACAUGGAGCAUUUGAAAAAACAAUUUCUUUCUGGAAUAAGGCAGGUUAUAAUAAAGUAGCUAUAGUAGAUGCUAGAGGCCAGUCAGGUGGUUUGUGGAUAUUGAAACAUAAUAGUAGCACUAUAAUAACAUCCGUUGAAGACAUUUUUCAUGACACUGUUACACUCAAAGUCUCGGUGGGAAAUGACUCAUGGCUCCUUACAGGUAUGUACGCUAGUCCUAUCUACACAAAGAGACUGGAGUUAUGGCAACACCUCAUUUCUUUGAAUGCUAAUUUUGUUGGCCCUUGGAUGGUUAUCGGUGACUUUAAUGAAAUUAUCUUGCCUAACGAACAGAAAGGUGGGAAUUUCAGUCAAAACAGAGCAGAUGCUUUAUUAAGGGUGGUGGAAGAAUGUCAAUUUGUGGAUAUUGCAACCACUGGUAACAAGUACACUUGGGCAAGGAAUUGUAUGGGACAGCGCAGAAUAUUUAAAAAACUGGACAGAGGGAUUGCUAACCUCCCAUGGCAACUGGCCUUUCCCGAGGCUUAUGUUGAAGUGCUCUGUAGGCUCCAUUCUGACCACCACCCUUUGCUUUUGAGGUGUGGCCAAUUACCUCAGAGGAGGGGACCGAGACCAUUUCGUUUUGAAGCAGCAUGGAUCACCCAUCCAGAGUACCAAAAUGUAGUUCAAACAGCAUGGAGUCAGACAACUCCGUGCCCUAUUGCAAGAUUGAAUCAAGUGAAAACAGACUCCCUUAUUUUUAAUUCAAAUGUCUUUGGUAACAUAAGGCACCAGAAGCAUAUCUUAGAGAAAAGAAUAAAAGGGAUCCAGUUGUCUUUAGAGAGGGUAGACUCUGCAAGAUUGGUGUAUUUGGAACAUGAUUUACAACUCCAGUAUGAUCGAAUCUUGGCUCAGGAAGAGUUGCUUUGGUACCAAAAGUCUAGGGACAAAUGGAUUAAGCUUGGGGAUAGGAACACUAAGUUUUUCCAUGCCACAACUGUCAUAAGGAGGAAAAGAAACAAAAUACAUGGAUUACAUCUCCCUUGUGGUAUGUGGUGCACUGAUGAUAACAUUCUUAAAGAUGAAGCUCAAAAAUUCUUCAAGAAUCUAUUUGGAGCUGAUCCUUUGUCAAGGAAUUCGAAUCCAACCAAUGAAAAUGUUACAUCCCCUAAACUUUCAGAAGAAGCAGUGGAGUGUUUAUCCAAGACGGUGACUAGAGAGGAAGUAAGGAAUGCUUUAAAUCAAAUGAAUUCUUAUAAGUCCCCGGGGCCCGAUGGAUUUCAAGCAAUUUUCUUUAAACAGUAUUGGCACAUCGUGGGAGAAGAUGUUUAUAAUCUUGUCUGCCAAGCUUUUGCAUCUGGUACUUUCAAUUCGUGCAUUGGUGAAACUCUAAUUGCGUUAAUCCCAAAAGUUGAUUACCCUCAAAAUUUUAAAGAAUUUCGACCGAUAAGUCUCUGCAAUACCAUUUAUAAGUUGAUAACCAAAGUGUUGGUCAACAGGUUAAGGCCUUAUUUGGAUCAAAUUAUUGGCCCAUAUCAAAGUAGUUUUUUACCCGGUAGAGGAACUUGUGAUAAUGCCAUAGUGCUUCAAGAGGUCAUUCAUUCUAUGAAAAAAUCCAAAAAGAAGAAGGGAGAUGUUGUAUACAAGAUAGACUUGGAAAAAGCUUAUGACCAUGUGAAUUGGGAAUUUCUGAGAAGUUGCCUUAUUCAGUUUGGUUUUCCUCCCAUUACAAUAACACUUAUCAUGCAUUGUGUGUCUGCAUCUUCUCUAUCCAUCAUUUGGAACGGACAACGGUUGCCCUCUUUCUCCCCUACUAGAGGACUCAGACAAGGCGAUCCUCUUUCCCCGUAUCUAUUUGUAAUAUGCAUGGAAAGCUUGUCUCACGCUAUUCUGCAGGCAGUAGAUAACAAUGCGUGGAAACCUGUCAGCAUCUCAAGAAAUGGGCCAGGUCUCUCCCACUUAUUUUUUGCGGAUGACGUGUUACUUUUCUCAAAAGCCACUGUUUCUCAAGCAACCGUUAUUGAAGGUAUUUUGACUAAAUUUGCAAAUUUGUCUGGACUACGUGUUAACAUCCAGAAAUCCAGAGCCUUUUUCUCUGCAACUACAAGACAAAACAAGAUUGAUUCCAUAGUGUCUAUUACAGGUAUUCAAAAUACAAAUUCCCUUGAAAAGUAUCUUGGUUUUCCUAUUAUCCAUGGCAGACUGUGCAAAAGAGAUUAUGAUUUUUUCAUUGAUAAAAUCCAACACCGCCUUGCAUCUUGGAAGAAUAAGUUACUUAAUAAAGCUGGAAGAUUAGCGUUGGUGCAGUCAGUUCUAACUUCAAUCCCGACUUAUUACAUGCAACUCAACUGGCUUCCUUCUUCAAUUUGUGACUACAUGGAUAGAAUAUCCAGGAAGUUUCUUUGGAGAGGUACUAAUGACAGAGGUAUUCACUUGGUAGGAUGGGAGAAAAUUGCCCAACCAAAGAAAAAUGGUGGUUUAGGAAUUAGAUCGGCCAGAGAGUCGAAUACAGCUAUGUUGGGGAAACUAGUUUGGGACAUUCACAGUAAAAAAGACAAACUGUGGGUGAAUUUAAUUUCCCAAAAAUAUGUUGGUAACCAACUUUUCCUAGAUGUCCCCAAAAAAUCAGGUUCUGUUGUUUGGAAUUCAAUAAUAAAGGCAAGAAACGCUCUGCGCAGUGGCUAUGAAUAUAGACUGGGAAAUGGUUCUUCUUCCUUCUGGUAUGAGCACUGGUCGAAUCAUGGAAGAUUGUGUGAUCAAGUUUUGUAUGUUGACAUUCAUGACAUCGAAUUAACAGUAGCCGAUGUGGCUCAACAAGGUUCAUGGAAUCUAUCACAGUUAUACACUCAACUUCCCCCAAAUAUCUUGGAGGCUAUCUCAAAAAUUUCUGUUUGCCUACAUGAGAACAUUCCUGAUGGUUAUACUUGGAAGGGAAAUUUGGAUGGUAUUUAUUCAGCGAAAGCAGGAUAUUCUUGGGUCAAAAAAUCAAACUCAAUGGCUGGGAUUGAUGAGUUACCGUCUUGGAAGUGGCUUUGGAGGAUUCCAGCACCGGAAAAAUUUAAAUUCUUUUGUUGGACAGCUUGUCAUAAUUCUCUCCCCACAAGAACAAUGUUGCACAAGCGAGGUAUGUUAAACUAUGAUAUUUGUCCCCGAUGCACUACUUGCCCAGAAAGCAUUUUACACUGUCUUAGGGAUUGUCCCUUCUCGAGAAAGAUAUGGUUGUCCAUCGGUUUUGAGAAUAUUAACUUUUUCAUGGAACAAAAUAUCGUUACUUGGAUCCGAAGAGGCACAACUAGUGGUAAUAAGCAGAUGUUUAUGGCGGCUUGUUGGUGGAUUUGGAGAGCAAGGAACAAAUUGUGUUUGGCUAACGAGAUUACCCCUGCCGCUGCGGUGAAAAUUCAGAUUUAUAACUCUGCAAGUAUCAACUCCAAAGUAUUUGGUCAUCAAUCAACAGAUGUGAUUACUGAGCAGUGGGUAUCGUGGCAUCCAGAGGAAGGAACUGCCGUUAUCAUCAAUGUUGACGGGAGCAGUUUAGGGAACCCAGGGCCAUCAGGAUUUGGUGGAGUUUUGAGACACUCAAAUGGUAAAUGGAUCUAUGGAUUUGCGGGGACUGUUGGAAUUUCUACAAUCCUUCAUGUAGAACUACUUGCUAUUUAUCAUGGCUUGAAGGUGGCUUGGGACCAAGGAUACAGAAAUAUAGUUUGCUAUUCUGAUUCAACUCUUUCUAUUCAACUUAUUGGAAGAGAUGUAAACCCCUGGCAUCACUAUGCAUCAAUUUUAACCAACAUCAGAGACCUGGUGAAGAGGAACUGGAGCAUUGACUUCAAGCAUACUAAGAGAGAAGCCAACGCCGUUGCAGAUCUUCUAGCAAAGACAGGUGCAGCAGGCACAGACGCAUGGACUGAGUUUAGAGAACCCCCACCCGCAGCUAUCCCCCUCCUUCAAGCGGACGCGGCACGGGUUAUGUUUGCAAGGAUCUAG